AUGGCGCCUUCGCUGCACGCACACUCGUCCUUUACCCGGCCCCGAACCGGCGAUCGCGAUGGCCGACCGGUCACUCGUGAUCAGGCCGAUAGCAACCUCGUUAUCCCGAGCCGUACCUCUUCUCUGCACUCGCGCAUCACCCAGCCGAUCCCCUCGACUCUGAACGCGAAGCCCCAGCAGCGGACCCCGAAGACCCUCACCCACGCCUACAUGGUGUGUGGUGUUGGCAGAGAGCCUUCGCAAUGGGUCAAGGCACCCGCCCUCGCUCAGGGAAAGAUUGGUCACAUGAAGGGCGCCGUCGGUCAAUUCUGGCUGCCUGAGAUCCUCGGAAGCAGUCCUAGACUGGAGCAGGACAACGAGAUUGCCAGGUCGUUGCACGCCGCCAUGCGGGCUUGCUUUCCCCACGACGUUGAGAUCUGCACCGGCCGCAGCCAGCCUCAUUGCGUCCACCAUGCUUUCGUCCUGCAGCAGGAUUCUUCCCACACUCUGUACGGUAUCUGCCUUCGCGUCUGGUCUAGAGCCGACGAGAAGAGAGCCGAGACAAUUCGGGAUUUGCGCAAGAGAACUGAGCCCGACUACUACGACAACCCGGAUGAGACUUACUGGAUCCCUUACUGCUUGUCGUUCUUGUCUCGGUACCCGCUGUACAACCUGCUCGGAGACUAUUUGCGAGGCAUGUGGAUCCACUGGAACAAGGCUACCAACUUGUUUCACGCCGAGGAGGUUUCUCGCAUUCUCAGCUUCCCGGCUCCGAGGCUCAACGACUUGGUCCGAAUUGACAUGAAGGACUAUGCUUUGUGCUACCAGUUUCCUUCUUCCCCGACCGGCUUCCAGAACUUCGCCAUGUGGCCGUUGUUCACCUGUCUGUCCAUUCCCAACAUCGUCGGUGUUGUCGAAGCCGCCAUCUCUCCCACGCGCCGCAUCAUUUUCGUCAGUCACUACCCUGCCAUGCUUACCAUGGCCGCGGAGACAGUGCGAUACUGCGUUCGCGUAUACGAGUGGAGUGGUCUCUACGUUCCCGUCGUGCAUGCUCGUCAUGCCAAGGACCUAGUCCAGGAACCGGGCCCUUACAUUCUCGGUAUCACUGCCGAGUGCCGCUCUCUCUUUACCGCCCCUACCGACGCGCUGGUUGUUGACCUCGACCGCAACUUCGUGCUCACUUCCAGCCCUCCGACUGCGUUGAACCCUGGCCAGCGCAACAAGUUCGUCACUCGCCUCACCCAGUCUCUCAACGGUGAUGUCACACCUUCUGGCGUUCCCCCGCAUCUGCGGUCUGCCUACGGUGGCGGCAAGCUUGUUCCGGCUGGCCAGAUUAUUGUCAUGCGUGGUGAGGUUGAGUCUAUCCAGGACCCCGAGUGGUGGAAUCAGGAUGCGGUCAUGACGGUCAUGGACCACGUCUGCGAGAAGAUGGGUCGCAACACGGGCAUUAAGGCUGUCUUCGGUGGCUCCGUCAAGAAGCCUCUGAUGACCAAGGUCUCGAUGAGACAUCUUAACGAGAUUGUCCGCGAGAGGAACCAGUACUCUCGUGAUGCCCUCGAGGCCUGGCAAGAUUUCAUCAACCUCAAGGGUCGCAUGGACACGGAGCUCAACAAGGUUACGAAGCGCAACAACUACCUCAAUGAAGAGCUUGAGAGCUGGAAACAACAGUUCCUCAAGUUCCAGGCUUUUGCGGAACAGCUCACCAAGGAGACGCAGGAUCUCAAGGUCAAGAUUGAGACUCACAAGAGGGAGAACAGACGUCUCGCCGGUCUUAUCGACCAACAGAAGGAUGACAACUCUCGCCUCAACAACCGUCUGGGUGCUACCGAGAAGCAGCGUGAUGAUGCUCUUGAGGCUCUGGUUCUCCAGCAAGAGAUUGCUGAGGAACUUGAGCGCGAGCGUAAGCGCAACAAGAAGGAACUUGCUGCCCUUCAGCACACCAACGUCACCAUUCUCAGACAGCGUGACGAGGCUCGCCGUGUUGUCCUCCACCUGCGCAGCCUCAUCGGCGGCCAAAGCCACCACAUGGAGCACUUGGUGCAGUCUUUGACAAAGCCUGACGAUCUGGAGCGUGAGCUCGAGGACGGUUUCGACGCCGAGGAGGUUGAGACCGAUGGUGUUAGGGACGCCGACGCGAACCAGGCCCGCCUUCUUUCCGCCGCCGCUCAAGCCAACAAGAGGCUCUCGACAUCAAGCUUCAAGGAUGUCGCCGACCGUCACUUGAAGGACAAGACUGAUGCCAUCGCGCACAUUAUCAGAAACAUUGCUGAGCAAUGCCAGGCCGCAGUGGAGGGACUUCAGAUUGCCCAAGAUGCCGAGCUUGAUGAGCGUGCGGCUAAGCUUCGCGCCCAGCGCCGCCGCAGCAAUCUGUCCGCUGCCGGUCAGAGCGACGAUGACCACGACACCAGGUCGAAUGCGACCUCUGAGAUGGGAGAGGACAGCCACCUUCACCCCGUCUCUGGGAGGACGUCUAGCAUCCCGCCGACCCCAGACCUGGUCCCCAACAGGAGCAGCACAGCGAUGUCAUUCGCGUCUAGUGCGGCUACCCCCGAGAGGUCAAGCCAGCAGUACAUGAUCCGCGACGAUAUCCCGACCAAGAUCGUCGAAGACGAUGAGGACUUUGAAGAUGAGCGUAGCGAAUCCGAGUCCAUGCCUCAGCAGCACGGCACUGUCGGCAAGCACACCGACAGCCUUGUGCACAGGCCAUCGGGCGCCCGCAUCAGCGCUCUGGGCGGCACCCGCUAA